UCUACUUGCAUGUGCAGCCUGCACCAGGGUCUGUGUUGACGAGUCUUCGCUGCUAUUUUUAGCCGUGCUAGCUAGAUUAAAGCUAGUGCAGGUAUGUCUACCUGAACUGCAAUCACACCUCCAAUUACAGUAGGCAUACCCUUAGCCAGCCAUGGAUCUGCUUGUAGCCUUAUUUUAAGGGGCACGGUAUGGGCCAGGCUUGGAUGGGCCCAGGCUGAAGGGCCUGCUGCAACAUGAGCGGGCAGACACCCCACAGCAUUGUGCUGUUGAUGAUCCCAGCUGUGGUGUGCUGCCCACAGGCUUACCAGGUAUUUAUUCCUAGAGCCAGCAGGUCAAACAUUCAGCAGAGUGCAGGAGACAUAGGGCCAACUCUGGACCAUGGUAUACGCUGCUGCAGCUCCUGUUACUAUCUGUGGCAGCUGCACCCAGUCGUACCAGGGCUGACGGGGAACCCCUGGCUCCAGAAUAGUCUAUUCCAUGCCCUGCACAACCAUGUUCAAGGCAGCAUCCAAAAUACCCUGCAGGGAAUAAACUGUUGGGAGACAUCAAUAGGGAGGGAAGUACUUAGCAGGUCUCUCUAGAUUCCUUCUGAAUUCUGCAGUACCCUCAUGAUGUUUGCAACCUCUGUGCACAAUCAGGUAAGUGUCUAGGGGUUUUCUUCCUUCGGCACCACCGGCUGCUGGCCCUUGCUGAGGGCAGGGUGCCAGACCGACUGAACUGAUGGUCUAAGCCAGCAAGGCAAAUCUGAGGUCACUCCAUUUCCCCUUUUAGCCUCUGAAAACAAUUGGCCAGUGCAGAGCCACUGAUGGGAACAGAGCUGAGAUGUGACACUUUGGACGGGUUCCCAAAUGUUUGGAGGCAGCUCCAGGCAACAGCUGAGGCAACACAUCAACAGCAGCAGCAGCAUUCAGCUGGCUGCACUGAGGAGGAAGGCAGCAAAGAAGAAAAAAUGUUCCCAGGGCUGAUGCUUUGUUACUGAGGCUGGGACGGGACCGUGGGUGACGGCAGCAGCAGCGUCAUCACCCACAGGGAUGCAUUGUGGGUCUCGGGAGCUCCAAUGGCUUUUAUGUCCAGGUUCUCCAGAAGCAGCUCCAGGUCACCCAGCCGGGGGUCUCAGGAAGACGCCAGCAACCACCCCAUCCUCAGUGUCUUUGAGCUGGAGAGGCUGCUGUACACGGGGAAGACGGCCUGUAACCAUGCAGAUGAGGUCUGGCCAGGACUCUACUUGGGAGACCAAGAUAUAGCAGCCAAUCGGCGUGAGCUGGCCCGCCUGCGCAUCACCCACAUCCUCAAUGCCUCGCACAGCAAGUGGAGAGGGGGUGCUGAGUACUAUGAGGGCACCGGCAUCCGCUACCUUGGCAUCGAGGCCCACGACUCGCCCAGCUUCGACAUGAGUCCCUACUUCCACCCUUCAGCUGACUUCAUCCACCAGGCGCUGAGUGAGGGAGGAGGAAGGAUCCUCGUCCACUGUGCUGUCGGGGUGAGCCGCUCGGCCACCUUGGUCCUCGCCUACCUCAUGAUCCGCCACCGUAUGACCCUGGUGGAAGCCAUAAAGACUGUCAAGGACCACCGCGGCAUCAUCCCCAACCGGGGCUUCCUGCACCAGCUGGUCUCCCUGGAUAACUCCCUGAGGCUGAAGCGGCGAGCAUGAGCAGGCAGGGGAGGGGGCGCUGUUCAGCAUCCGGUGCUCAGCCCAACCCUACUGCCAACUGAGCAGCAGACACAGGGCUUUCAUCAUGGGGCAGGCGCUUGCCAGGUGCAGCUGGACUCCCUCGGCCCAUGUCCACCCUGUCCAGUGGGGUCCUCAAGGAGUGGAAGCUAUUCAGAGGGGCCCCCAACCUGCAGCCCUGUGGUCUAUGGAGGCCUAACAUGCAACCUCCUUCCAGGCUGCAAGACUUAGUGGUGCACCCUGGCUCUGGGAAGCCCACGUGGGUUGGUUCUGCCAGCGGGCACACCCAGGCAGCAAGCCAGCCCUUCCUGUCAUUGCUGUGAGAUCCAAUCUGUGUGCAUUUCUUGGUGGCAAUGAGAAUUAGGCAUGGCCCAUGGUGUCGUAGACUAGGGGUGCCCUCAAUGUAAAACAUUUACCUGUCAGAAUAAAGUUAUUGCAGAGGAAAAACA